GACGUCAUAGCGCCGCGCAUGUGACAUGUGUCGAGGAAGUUUAUAUCCGAAUACACUAUAUACAGCAGUGCUUUGACAUAUCUAUGUAGAAAAAGCGCAGGAAACGUUCUGAGAAAGAAGAUUCUCUCACGAGCGAGAAGAGAAGGUUGUGCCACGAAAAGAAAGGACUCGCACCUUGUUCACGAUUCUUUUAUCAUGACAUCGGUAGACUCGGGAGUGGAAACCGGGAACGACUCGAAUGACAGCUUGAGCAUCCAACACGAGAGCCAGCAGCAGCAUGUCGCUGCCUAUCGAGACACCAGCGGUACCAAUCCCAUUAAUUGCAGUAACAAAGAGAGGGAAGAGUACAUCAUUGAGCUGCCACCAAAGGAGAUACAGAGGAAUCCGAAUCCUGAUCUGAUUUUGGCAUAUACCGGUAUCAACCUUUGGAUGUUUGAAAAUAACAAUAUUCCGAGGAACGAAUGGCAAAACAUGUUUCAACAAGCCAUGAAUACUGUCAAAGAAUUGCCAAAUCUGAGGCCAUCGAAUAUGGAAAUCACAGAAACAAUGAGAAGAAAAAUGCCAGGACCAUGUGGAAUAAAUAGAAACAGAACUAGUACAGAGUUAUUGAAAAGUCGAUCUGAUUAUCGUGCUAAAAUAAAAUCGUGUACUUGGUGUAAAAGUACAGCCAAUCAUUUGAAAGAUUGGCAGAUUCAACAUAUUGGACGAAAGAUGCGACUGGCUGCUACUGUAAAUAAUACCGGAUUGAUGAGUAGGCUCUUGAAUUAUGGUGUAUCACCCAACAGUCGUGAUAGUGAUGGACGAACACCACUUCAUCAUGCAGCUUGCAGGGGUUAUACAGAAAUGGUCCAAUUAUUGUUAGAAAAUGGUGCAAAUCCAAAUCAGCGUGAUUGUAUAGGCAAUACUCCAUUGCAUCUAGCAGCGGUUACCAGCAAAAUAUCAGUGGUAACGUUACUUUUAAAAGCCGGUACUGAUGUUCUUGCAUUGGAUAAAUAUGGCUACAAUCCACUGCAGUUAGCGAAAGCAAAAUUGAGAAUGUUACGACGAAAUUAUAACGAUAAUGAUAUGGAUAAUAUGAAGCAGGAAAUGCAUAAUAUAGCUGAGAUGAUAUUGGCAUAUUUGCUGAAGCAAAAUAAUAUGCAAGAGCAAGUAGAAACAUUAAGCAAUUUCUGUUCGCGACUUUCUUUAUCUAGUACCUCAGAUCAGGUUCAAGAUGACGUGAAAGAUUUAUUGGCGAAAAUAAAUUCUCUUAGUAUAUAAAGGGUUAAUUGCUGGUAGAAUGAUAUUAUGCUAUUCAUUUUCAUAAAUUAAAUAAAGCUUUUUAAAAUUUGU